AUGACGACAGUAGCCAACCCCACUAAUAUCGAUAUUUCUGAUAACACUGAUGGCAUUGAAGAUAUCGUUAAGCAAAUUAAAAACUCCUCUAGUGAUUCUGUCCUAAAAAAUGGACAAAAAGAUAAUUCUCCUCCAAGUGGUUUGUCUAGAACCAAGACUAGUAUCAAUAUUUCAGAAGAGAAGGUUGCAAAUAUUAGUGCAAGCGAAGAGAAAGGUUCCAGACAACGUAAAGAGGCAAGUUACGUUGGUUGGAAACAAAUUGGAGGAUGGGAAGAAAGCGAUGCCUUAACUGCAGAAGAUGAAUUGCUUGAUCUGAAUAAAGAAACUCCUUUAGAUAACUUUAUCCCAGAUAAAUUCUAUGGUGAUUGGUAUCAUAGCGUUGCUAUAUUUGCCAUUGGUGGUAUCUUAUCUUUCACUAUUGGAUAUUUCAAAUUACCUUUAUCUAUUACAUUUUUUGUUAUUAUUGUAAGUUCUGUAUUUUACAGAAUUUCUGUCAAGACAUAUAGAGCUUCUAUCAGAGAUUUGGUGCAAAGGGAGUUUACGGUACAGAACAUUGAUGAUGAUUACGAAUCAAUGGAAUGGGUUAAUAAUUUCUUAGAUAAAUUUUGGCCAAAGAUUGAACCAAACGUCUCACAAAUGGUCGUCGCUCAGGUUAAUGAUCUUUUAGCAACAAAUGAACAAAUACCAGCGUUUAUUAAAGCUCUUUGGAUAGAUCAAUUUACUUUGGGUGUGAAACCACCAAGAAUUGAUCUUGUUAAAACUUUCCAAAAUACAGAUAAUGACGUCGUCGUAAUGGAUUGGGGUGUUUCUUUUACUCCACACGACUUAACUGAUUUAAAUGCAAAGCAAAUGAAAAAUUUCAUUAAUCAAAAGUGUGUUAUUAAAGCUAAGUUGUUUGGGUUAACAUUACCAGUCUCAGUUUCAGAUAUCGCUUUCAAGGCAACAGCUAGAAUAAGUUUGAAAUUAAUGACCCCAUUUCCACAUGUAGAAACGGCCAAUGUUCAACUAUUAGAAGUUCCUGAUAUUGAUUUUUAUGCUUUAUUGUUCGGGGAUUCAAUUUUUAACACCGAAGUAUUAGCUAUUCCUGGUUUAAUGACAAUGAUACAAAAAAUGGCUAAAAAAUACAUGGCUCCAAUGUUGUUACCUCCAUUUUCUUUACAAUUUAAUAUUCCACAAUUAUUAUCUGGUUCUGCCUUAUCAAUUGGUGUAUUAGAAGUUACUGUUAAGAAUGCUAAAAACAUUAGACGUGCAUCCACUCUUGUUGGUGAUUCAAUCGAUCCAUAUUUAAUGUUUGAAAUUAACGGUAAAAAAACUGGUAAAACUAGAAUUGUAAGGGAUACUUUAAACCCAGUUUGGAAUGAAACCUUAUAUAUUCUUCUAGGAACUUUUACUGACCCACUAUCUAUAACACUAUGGGACAAACGUGAAAAGUUAAAAGACAAGGUUCUUGGUAGAAUCGAAUACAAUUUGAAUUCUCUACAUGAUGCUCAUUUCCAAAGAAAUAUUAAUGUAAAUUUUUUAAGAAAUUCAAGAUCAGUUGGUGAAUUGAAUUUAGAUUUACACUUUUACCCAACAUUAACACCAAAAGUAUUACCUGAUGGUACUGAAGAAGGGUCACCUGAUUUAAAUACUGGUAUUUCAAAAAUUGUUAUCGAAGAAGCUUAUGGUUUAGAUAAGCCAGGCAACAAAGUUUGUGCUUAUGUGGAAGUAUAUUCUGCUGGUGAAUUAUUAUUUAGCACAGAUAAAGCUGAGGGUAUUGAUGUCAUCAAGUGGAAUAAAAGCUAUGAGUCAGUUAUUAUGGAUCGCCGUAAAACAAAAUAUAAGAUCGUAGUUAAAAAUUCUAAAAAUGGUGAAGUUAUCAGUAGUACUCUUCAAUCUUUGAAUGAUUUAAUCGACAGAACUGAAAUUGAUAGGAAACGUAUCCCAUUGAAUAAUUGUAAGGGCCAACUGAAAAUUACAGUGUAUUGGAAACCUGUUGCCAUGGAUUUAGGGUCUAGUGCUAUUGCAUACACACCACCAAUCGGUGUUGUCAGAAUUUUUAUUAAUAAGGCAUGGGACUUAAAGAACUUAGAGACUAUAGGCAAGAUCGAUCCUUACGUAAAUGUUUUAGUUAAUGGUGUUCCAAAGGGUAGAACUCCAGAGAUAGAGCAAACAUUGAGUCCUGUUUGGAAUACCGCCAUUUAUGUUGCUGUUACAUCUCCAAAUCAAAGAAUAACUCUUGACUGUAUGGAUGUCGAGACAGCUGAUACGGACCGUUCUGUAGGAAAAGUUGAUUUGAAAGUUUUGGACUUAUUUCAAAAAGAUGAAAAUGAUAAGUAUAUGAAAAUAAUUAACGAUGAGCCAAUUACAAGUCGUCUAAUAACCAAAAAAGGCAUUAAAGGAAGCAUAAGGUACAGCACAUCUUUUUAUCCUGCAUUACCAGUUUUGACUUUAGAAGAGAUUGAAGAUUUAGAUCAAAUAAAAGAAAAGAAAAAGAAGCUUUUGGAAAAGAAGUUUUUAACAGAUGAAGCUCAAAUGACAGCGGAACAAAAAGAAAAGUUUAAGAAUCAAGAAAAUGCAAUCCAAGACAUGGAAGAAAUGUACGGAAACAAAGAGCAACUAGAUUUGAGUCAACUGAUAUCUUAUAAUUCCGGUGUGUUAUCAAUUUCUGUUUUAGAUGGUGAAUUACCAAUUCCUGGCUUAUAUGUACAAGCUUUCUUUGAUGCCAACGGUUAUGCUCGUUUUACAAGUCCUAAAAUAUCGACUAGAACCAUAAAGACCGGAUGGACUGGUGAUGUGAUGAUCAAAGAAUUAGAAUGGUCAAUAACAACCUUAAGAGUUACUAAACACAAAAAUAAUAAUAAGGUUGAGGAGUGUUUAUGUGAAGUCACAAUCCCUACUAUAGAACUAGUUAAAAAUUGUUUCUAUAGGCCAUCUUUCUUAAACCUGGCUGGGGCACAUACAGCUAAACUUAUGAUCCAAACUUCGUGGUUCCCAAUCGAUACAGAUACAUUACCUGAAUCUGAUUUGAUCGUGAAUACUGGUGAUCUAACUAUCACUGUUAAGGGUGCUGAAAACCUUAUAUCAGCUGAUAACAAUGGGUUUUCAGAUCCAUACGUUAAACUCUAUUUAAAUGAUGAAGAAGACUGUUUUUUUAAGAGUAAAACCCAAAAAAAACAACUAAAUCCAACUUGGAAUGAAACCACUACAAUUGUUUUAGAUAACAGAGUCAAUGAAAAAUUAAGAAUUAAGGUGAUGGACUGGGAUGCUGGUAAUUUUAAUGAUCUAAUAGGUACAGGUGUAAUUUCAUUAUCUGAUGUCAAACCUUCUGGUGUUACUAAUAUGGAUGUUCCUAUCACUGAUCCAGAUGGUGGAGAUGGUGGUGUAUUGCACUUAAGUUUCGAAUUUGAUCCUAAGUACGCAUUGACUAUUAAGAAAAAAGAAACUAAAGUCGGUGAUUUUGCAUCAAAGAGUCUUGGCACUGGUCUAAGAGUCGGUACCACAGUGGUUGGUGCUGGUCUUGGUACUGGUUUGAAGGCUGGCUCUACUGUUGUUGACACAUUUGGAAGUGUUGGAAAAUUCGGUAUAGGAUUAUUCGGCAAAAAGAAGAAUAAGCAUGAUGCCUCUUUUGAACCCGAAGUGUAA